GCAAAUUAAAACAACUGGCGAGGGCGAAAUUCCCUGGAGUUGAGUGUUGAUCACCAACCAACCAGCAUUUGGGGGGUGGGAAUUUGUUUGUACUACUCCACUCCGUAUAAUAAUGUGGAAACCCAUAUCCAUGGAUCAUCGCCAUCCAAUUCAUUCAUCCGCGCGGCGGUGAGUGAAUGGAAUGGAGUGGUGGUUGAAUGUGGUGGUGUUGACGUGGUUGGUGGUGGGGGCAGAUGGGUUUGUGGGGGUGUAUUGGGGGCGAUUUGCGACCCAGAGCAUGGUGCCCUCAAUGGCGGUGGAUUUGCUUCUGCAGAAUGGGAUUUCGGAGAUCCGGCUGUACGCGCCGUCGCCGAACGUGCUGACGGCGCUGGAGGACAGCUCCUUGGGCGUCACCGUCACCGUACCCAACGAUUUCGUGAGGAGGAUGAAAUGGAGCAAUCUCCGCAACAUCCGCGACUGGAUCGCUGAACUCAUUGCCGUGCCCCUUCAAAGAGGGGUCAACAUUAAGACAAUAAUCGUUCUUGAUGAACCAUUCCUUCGCAUCUCAGGGCUACAACCAAUUUCGAAUGCAACCAAAGUGUUCAGGGAAACAGUGGAGUGUCUACAUAGCACAAACCUGUCACAUAUAAGAACAACCACUUCCCACUUCACAGAUAUAUUGAAAAGUGUGAAGAAGCCAUCCGAAGCCGAUUUUCAGGACGAUAUCAAGGACGAGAUGCUAGAUUACCUGAGCCUGUUCAACAGCACCAAUUCCUUUUUCACGUACGAUAUCUACCCGAUCUUCUCAUCCCAAGCCAACAACUGGCCCAUCGAAUUUGCUUUCAUGGACAACAAGUCCAACUUUAGCAUUGUAGACGGGCAAUACACGUACACGAAUGCCUUUGAGUUCAUGUUUGAUGCGCUUGUUGUUGCCAUUGAAAAGGCAGGGUACCCGAACAUGGAAAUCGUGAUCGGACAAGUUGGGUGGCCCACAGACGGGGCUAAAGACGCGAAUGUUACUAACGCAGAAAGAUUUUACCGCACUUUUCUCAAGCAUAUAGUGGAGAAAAAGGGAACCCCGAGACGACCAAACACCAACAUAGACGUGUUCCUUGCCACAUUGACCGAUGAGAACAAGAUUCCCCUAGUUUAUGGGAACUACCAACGCCGAAGGGGAAUCUACAACUAUGACGGGACACCGAAAUUCAAGAUUGAUUUCUCUGGGCAGGGGCGGGACAUCUACCCGUGGGCGGCCAAGGGGAUGGUGAAAAUGCCUUCGCGCUGGUGCAUAUUCAAUGGGGACCAAAGCAAUUUGAGUAAGGUGGAUGAGCAGGUGAAGUUUGCCUGUAACAAAUCUGACUGCUCCUCUCUCUACUUUGGUUCCUCCUGUGGCAACCUUAACUACACCUGGAAUGCCUCCUAUGCCUUCAACAUGUAUUACCAGUCCAACAACCAGGAGCUGGAAAAUGGGGCUUGCAAUUUUGCAGGCUUGGGCGCGUUGACUCCGUUUGACCCCUCGGUGGGUACUUGUACCUUCCCGGUCGAGAUUUUGACGGCUGAGAAGGUCGAUGGUGGCGUACAAAUGCUCAACUAUGUUGGCUAUGCGCAAUCUGGUGGCGCAUCUUAUAAUUACCCAGCAUUGGAGAUCGUCAUUUCAAUUGCUCUUCCAUUCUUUUCCUGUCUAUUUCUUUUCAUCAAACACAUGCAUUAAUUCUAGUCAUGCAUUUUUAUGACUAGCUACUCUCCCAUGUUAUUGUACUAAAUGCAUGUUUUUGCACUUCCUGCAUAACAAUGUCAAUUCUCAACUUUCACAGUCAGGCAGGGUUCUG